AAUAAUCAAACACAGCCCCUCCAUCACAACCUCAACUUUAAAACAUGAAAUUUUACCUUUACCCGAUCGACAACAGAAAUCUACUUAUUGUUAUCCGUGGUCUAAAUUCCGACAUCAAAACGUGAGACAUCUCAUAUUCGCAAACGUCAUAAUUCUGAGGUGCGGUUGUUGACACACACAGCGGAGGUGAAUCGCUGACACAUUUCCACGUUCCCUUGGAUAAAAACCACGUCGCUUUCGGACAUUCAGCCAGUUUAUCUUUGACGUGCAAGUGAGACAUCUUCGAUAACCUAGACGAGAAUGACGCUGAAUUUAUGUGUGGCGCUUUUGAGUUGUACACUGUUGUUAUCAUUCUGUCGUUGUGGUGAGUCGAUAUAUUCAGGAUUUUAAGUAAUUCAAAUUGUGACGUUAUUGUUUCUAUUACCGGCUGAUUUCAAUGUAGCAAUCGUUUUUUGUGAACGCUUGUAUAAGUAUGAAGGCAAGGUCUCCUCGACCUUUGAGAAAAUGUCUCAUUCAUGUCAAAUGAAGGCGAUUUGUGGUCGAUAUUCAUUUAAAAAACACUCGAAGAAAGGACUAUAACUCAUAUUUCCAGAGAUUGAUGACUGAAGGCACGAGUUUAUUUACUGUAGGGAACUUGAGUUAUUGAGGGUAAAUAUCCACGAUUGUUACACCCAAAAGGCCAACAAAAUUUACCUUUGAGUCAGCCAUUUAUUCACUGAGUAAAUUGCAACUAAAUAAGGAAUUGUAGUUAGUGUAAGUCAAAAGGUCAGGAUUAGGUUCACCUAUCAACAAUUUCAUUUCAGCGUGACUUUGACAUCACCCAACAAUGGCAUGUGAUUUGAGGUGUUUGGUUUCUCUUUAUUUUGAGAAACAUAGAGAAUGAAUGAGAAGUUGCAAAUUUCCGUGCGCUGAUUUUGUAAUGAGUAUGAAUUUAGGCCGGAAAAUUUAGGUAAAAUGAAAGAAUUCUAAAACACGAGGCUUACGAAACACGAUCUCAGACAAUGGUCCAAGGGAAAGCCAUACAAUACAGAGAUGAGUAACGACUUAGCUUGACAUGGGUAACCUUGGGGUUUAAUUGACAAAAUGAAGAAGGAAUGAGCAAAGCUGAUUCAAUUAUCUUCACCUUGCCACGUAGAUAAGCUUGAUCUCUUUUUAAAGCGGAUUUAAUGUUAUAUCAGACCAGUACGUGCUUGAUCCUUUGAUCACGUGCUUCUCAACAUUCCACGAGUAAAGUAGCGUAACUUGUGUACGAAAUGAACUUUCUAUUGGUUUACUGAAGUAAUAACUCAAGCGGGAUGUUUGAAGAACACUCAAAACGUUUGCAAAUCACUCGUCUCCGACUUGUGAUUUACAAACUCUUGCGGUCUAUUACUCUUAUGAAAUAAACUAAAAAUGUUUCAAUUUUCUACAGGUUUACCGGUGCAAUAAUCGAUAGGUUUUUAAACCAAUCAGGGGGUUCGUAGUAUCUCCUUUAUUUUAUAAAUGAAAAUAAAUUAGGCAACCGUCUAGUUGCUAAUCACGCUGUAAUAAUAAAUAUAAAUCUGUUCUGCCAGCUGCCAAUUGGAGAAAGCCCAAAAAUGUAAACAAAAAAGUUCGCUUAGACACAAUUUACCAUAAAACCUUAACAAUGAAAAAUCUAAAGUUUGUUUUAAAAUUUUGGGAUUAGUCGAGAAAGAAGGAUAGAUCGAUGGAUAGAUAGAUAUGUCAUAAAAUAUGCUGAAAAGCUCUGAAAAAUAAAGAAAACAAAUUAAACGUUUCGGUCACCUCUCUCGAAUUUCUUUCGAGAAGAACUCGUCUGUUUCGGUUGUCAUGCAAAAGAAGUUUCAUCGUUUCUGGUUAAUCCGUUCUUCCUUUUUCGGAUAGGCUGACCAAACCUGUAGAGGAAGCGCCGAAGUCUUACCUAAGAAGAAAAAGUAGGGGUAGGGGUGGGAACAGGGUUUUGAUUAAGUGUUGAAUGGUAUUAAGAUGUGGGGAAUCUUAAGAAUAUCUCGAAAUACAAUAGUCACACUGUCUCCUUUCUCGGGUCAAAGUUUGCUUUGGUUCACACGGUUAUACUACUGUUAUGAAAAUUUUGCAGUCUCGUUUAGUAGGCUUGUGUGCAUCACAAAAGUACCAACUUAACACAUUUCUGAUGGACAUGCACCUGUGUCGUGUCUCCUCUUCGACUUGUAAAUCUUAUGACAGCUCUUUUUUUCUUCCACAGGAAAUACUCUUCUCUGCUAUCAAUGUGCCGCAGGUUCUGAGAAUGAAUGUAACAAUAACCAAAAUCUAACCUCGUGUAAAGUUGCCAGCCACCUUUGUACCACAGCAAUAUAUUCGCACUCGAACAACGAACAUACCUACUCAAAAACUUGCUUACCACCAUUUUUUAUCAACGGAUACUGCGAAACAGUAAACAAGUCAAGACCUGUGUAUAACUGUUCAAUUUCCUCUUGCGAUAAGGAUUACUGCAAUGGUCCACCACCUACAACACCAGCUACAAUUGCAACAACAGUUACAAUCGCAACAACAGCUGAUAACAAGAUUCCCACUAAAGACAUGAAUAACCAAGAAUCAACAGCCUCUCCACAAUAUCCUACUCUCCGGUCUGGAAGCCCAUCCACAACUUUUGGCUUAAGCACUUUGGGAAUUACGAUAGUCUCUUUAGCUCUUUGGAACAUUUUAGAGAUAAGCUACAUCAGCUAACUUAAUACGAUUCAGCCGAAUGUUGAUGGAAUGUUGAUUGUAUCUGUUACAGAGGGAUUUAUUAACACUUUAAACCCAUGGGGUGACCAGCAUCUAAUUUCUCCUUUCCGUAAUAAGGCUUAUUCACUUUUUAAGAUUAUGAGUAUAAAGGAAAUGAUCACUAACCUAAGAAGCUUUGAUUGUAAAAUGAAUUCUCGAUAUUAGUACCAUAAGGAUUGUAAAGAUGAGAGACUGGAGAAUGUGAAUACUGUUUAUAGGGUGUUGGACCUAUAUGUAACCAGAACAUAACUUACUUGUAUAUAAAAUCAUCCUUACAGUAUUUAAAAGUUUAAAAAAAGGUUGACUGGGAAAUAAAGCUGGCA